AUGGCAUCCAACGCUCAGGUCGCCACACCACCCGGGCCCCAGCAUCCUCAAGCAAACAGCCCAUCACAUGACAUCGGUGUCUCGAGCACAUCCACGGCAAACAAUGCUCUACGCAACGCGUCGCCUUCGUCAGUCUCAAGCGCCGGGGAAGCAUCUGGAAGGAAGAUGAAGAGGACCGGGGCGGUUAAACCUCUCGUGAAGCCAAGCCCCCAAGGGCAGGCACCACCACCCUGGGCAACGUCCCUCGUCGAUGGAAGGGGAUCCAUGGGGUUUAUGGCAACAUCACCCUCGGCUCAGGCGCAGAGCAAUUCCGAUCAAGACAUCAUCUCGGACCUGGGCCUCGUCGACCGUCCACUAGGCCCGGAUACUUCUGCCAAAUCAAGACCACGCAGCCCGGAACAUGCGCACGUUGUCAGCGACAUUAAUCAUCCCGACCAGGAAGGCACGUUGGCAAUCAAGACUCGGGCGCCAUCUCCUGAGGCAACCCCCGAAGCUGAUAUGACUGGCAACAAGAAGACCCUUGCGGGACAUGCCAGGAUUCAGGCUUUACAAGAGUCUUGGGAAUCAGGUGGGAUCGAGCCUGGAUCAAGUGCUAUCACAGACUCAAAUCAAAUCACGGGAACGGCGGACUCGGGAAAGGAUUGGCUUCGCGGUGAUUCGGCAUCAUAUAACACCAUGGCCUCGAAGAAACGUUCUCUGCUUGAUGGCCCGUCUGGCAACGAGGCCAAGCGAAAGAUGACCGCCAUCCCGCUCCCAAACUUCCCAGCCAACACUUCCGCUCAAGGAAUUUCGACGCCAGGCUCUGUAGCUACCGAGCUGGACCUGUUGAAUGCCCUCUCUGCUGGUAAGACUGAUCGGCUGAAAGCCACCGUCUUGCGGACUACAGAAGACACCAACAUGCCUCCGUUUGGUACUUCAAAGCCCAGCUUUAUUACCACCAUCAAAGAAGCACCACAGAUCAUCGACAUUUCCGAAGACGCAGCGGAUGAUGACGAUGCAGACCAUACACAUGAGGAUUCCACGGACGAUGACGAAACAACCGAGGAUCGCCAGAGCGAUGUCUUGGAACCCCAGCUUGCAUCAACCACCAUGCAGGCCGACAAUCCCUUUUCGCAGGGAUUUCACGAACUCAGCCUCACAAAAGACGCAAAUCCCCGCGGUUAUCUGCAAUGGCGGACACCUCAAGGUACCACCGAGUCCUCAUGUGGUACCAUUCUGCCCACGAACUACCACCUACACUCCGAUCCAAUGCAUCCAUUCGUUUGCCCGGUGCGUAACUGCCGCAAAAUAUUCAACAAAAUGCACGCGCUUGGUGCGCACUUUUCCAUCAAACACCGGAGCUCCACGUUCAAUGACAACCUCGAUGGUACACUGAGCUUUAUUGACUACUAUAAGAAAGCGGGCAUCAAGUGCUCUCCCCCCAUCGUUGUGUCACAGAACUCUCUCCAAAGCAAUGAGGCUCCCAUGCCAGAACCUUCAAGGCCGGCAGCUAAGUCCGCAACCCCGCAGCUCCACCGUGAAAGUCCUGCGCAACCUUCCCAAGCGGCAUCUAGCAGCCAACCGACUCGGCCUGUCCAGAACAACAUGGAACUUCUGACUUACUUGAGGUCAUAUCUCUCACCUGCCUACACGCUGCCAUUGGAAAGACCAGAUGUCAAGGCUCUGUUAAAGCUUCCUCGGAAGCGCCCCUUACCGCAUACGUGGCGGCUCAAGUAUACGGGAGUUGGUCAUUUAGCUCCUCUUGCCACAGUCGCACUGCUCAUUUAUCUGACUGGCGAUGAAGCACCAGAAGUGUGCUCGGUGUGUCAUCAGGACACAAACCCUCUCGAAAAUUUUCUUCAACCGUGUAUCGUCAUGGCCGAUGCGGUUCCGUCUUUCUUGAAGGAGGUUGGGAACAAAGCAUGUGCUGGCUGCCAGUGGCGGGCGAAUUUUAGGAGAGAGAAGAACAACUGCUCUUUCUUAUCCGCCAAUAUCCAUACAUCCGCGUCGCCAGCUACACAUGCCGAACACCCUACUAUCGCGCCUUCUCCGCCGCUCUCUGGCAUUGCAAAAGUGGAUAAGUAUUCCCUACCGUACUCUGCGAACCAAGGAACCCAGCCUACAGAGCCACGUCGAUCAUCUCCAAAAGGGCGCCUGCCUCCUGCAACGAAGUCAGCGCCGAGUGCACACAGCAGCAAAACCUCGCCACCAGGUAGUCCUCCUCGACGUGUUACGAGACAUUCCCUAGCGGCGUCGAAGGUUGCCGCUGGGCUCGUUUCAUCCAGUGCUACAGCUACGAAUGUUACUUCCCCCAGUGGCAAUUUGAUGCCAUCCAAUUCUCUUGAAAUGGAAGACUGGGAAGUGGCUCCCGGUAGACUCCGUGACGAGCGUAGCGAGUCACCCACUAACGUGGCGUUUUCCAACUCCUAUCUCACGACAAAUCAAGCCGUCACGGUGUCUGAGGACAUCUCUUUUAACGUUAUCGUCGUCAAGCCCGGCGAUUCGCAUUACUGGUCCGCUGACGCAGACAAAGUCCGCAUAUGCUCCCUCGCUAUGGGGAAGCUCAAGGUUAAGCUCGAUAACACAGAGCCGUUUCAAAUGGGACCGAAUGGGAUGUUCAAGCUGAAGCGCGGCAUGGCCUGCACCGUCGAGAACCGGCUAUACGUCGACGCAGUAGUACACGUCACAACUGUCUCGCAGCCUUGA